GGCUGGCCAUGAUCUGUGCAAUGCUAUAAACAACCCCACUGUCCCACAUUGAAUAACUGCAGAGCACACUCAGGAGCUCUGGACACUUGUGUUCUUUAGUAGUAGGAGAAGCUUAAUGUCAACAAUAUGGGGCAUCAGGUGAUAAUAUUUGACUUUUCUGUCAUAAGAGGACUGUGGGAAACUCGAGUUAAGAAGUGCAAAGAACGUCAGAGGAAGGAGAAAGAAAGAUUAGAACAAAGUGCAUUGGAGAAGAUAAAACAAGAAUGGAAUUUGAUACUAGAGUGCCGUAAGAAAGGUAUUCCUCAAUCAAAAUACCUCAAGAAUGGCUUUGUAGACAUCAAUGCAAAGAACCUGGACACCCAUGGAAAGAAUCCUCAGCUCAAGAAGAGUCAUGCCUUGUCAGAUGGAGUAAAUAAAGAACAAGACAAGUUUAUUUUUCAGCUUUCUGGAGAGCAGUGGACGGAACUUCCAGAUUCUCUGAAAGAACAGACCUAUCUGAAAGAAUGGCAUGUGUACAAUACAUUAAUACAAACCAUUCCUGCCUACCUGGCACUAUUUCAAGAUCUGAGAGUACUGGAAUUGUCAAAAAAUCAAAUCAACAAUCUUCCAGCAGAGAUUGGCUGCUUAAAAAACCUCAAAGUGCUCAAUGUGAGUUUCAAUAAUUUGAAGUCAGUUCCUCCAGAACUGGGUGAUUGUGAGAAUCUAGAAAAACUGGAUUUGUCUGGAAAUAUGGAAAUAACAGAACUACCAUUUGAACUAAGUAACCUGAAACAACUCACAUUUGUGGAUGUGUCAGCAAACAAGUUCCAUUCUAUUCCAAUUUGUGUACUCCGGAUGUCUAAUUUGCAGUGGUUGGAUAUUAGCAGCAACAGCCUGAAAGAUCUCCCAGAAGACAUAGACAGGUUAGAUGAAUUGCAGACACUUCUUCUACAGAAAAACAAGUUGACUUAUCUUCCACGAGCUCUUGUCAAUAUGCCAAAGCUCAGUUUGCUAGUUGUCAGUGGUGAUGACCUAGUUGAGAUACCCACAGCCAUCUGUGAGUCAACCACAGGUUUAAAAUUUGUAAGUCUCAAGGACAGUCCGGUUGAAACAAUUGUAUGUGAAGACACUGAAGAAAUUAUAGAAAAUGAACGUGAACGUGAGCAAGUUGAGAAAGAGUUUAUGAAAGCAUACAUUGAAGAUCUAAGGGAAAGGGAGUCUACUCCUUCCUACACUACAAAAGUAAUGCUCAGUCUCCAGCUCUGAAGAUUAAAAAUCUCUAGAUCUCUACUGAAUAUCUGAAUAACUCUCUUUUAAUCCACCUGGAUAGUAAACACAUAAAAAUAUUGAUGGCCAGGAUGACACCAAAAUCAUAUUGAAUUAUUUAUUUGUUUCUGUAGUCUUUUCAAGUAACUACAGAAAAAAAGAAGCGGUAGAACUUUCAUAAGAUGCUGUUUCACAUAUUAAAUCAAUGUGUUUAUUUUCAAGUUCACAGCAACAGCCACUUUGCAUGUAGACCUGCUGAAAGUAAACAUCCACUGUAAUUAAGUAUACACAGGCAUAGCUGAAGAAUGAAGACAUUGUUUGUUGUAGCUGAAACAGUAAAAUGCAAAACGUGAUCUUAGGAAGAGAUUUCAUUUUAUAAAAGGGGAUAAACUGAUUUAGAAACUGAAUGUGAUCUGUUUUCUUAAGACCAAACACACAUUUAGGUAUUUGCAAUAUCCAAGUGAGAACACACUCAUAGUUUGUAUUUACAUUCUGUUCUGUGAGAAAAUUGUUCUUGGAAUUUUCUGUUUAGAUAACUUUCAACAACUUUACAUAUAGAAACUGUAGCACUUCUUUUAUUCAAGCAUAUUUUAAGCUCUAACCUGUUUGCAAAUUCAAGUACCAAUGUGAUUGAAGUUUCUGUGCUAAGCAGUCUUAUAGCGGUAUACAUAUAAGUAAGGUUUUAAGGCACUAAGUGGUGUCAGCUAAUACUAUCAGCAAAAUGAUGAUACAGGUCUUAUAUUCAUGGUUUCAGAUCACAGGAUUUUGUGGACAUUUGUUGGAAUUUUCCAAGUAGUGUAAGAAUGAGUUUGCUGGUAAAACAUAAUUUUGCUUGCUAUUUAUUAACUUGUUUAUAUACAAUUGUUUAAAUAUAUAUAGAGUAGAAUUUCAGAAACCUAGAUUUACAUGUACUUUUUGUUUAAUAAAGCAAUAUUUUUAAUCUAAAAAACUUGAGACUUUGAGACUCAAAUUAGACUCAAGUUAUGGAAUUUAAAUGGUCCUAAACUUAUGAGUGCAGUUAGGUGAGAUAAUAUUUACAUCUUUGUUUUUUGUUAUUGAUGAGCUAUUUUCAGUUUUGUGCAGUAGAAUGUCACUUAAGUAGCCAUAUUUAAAACACAAAGCAAUGAAGGAUAUGCUCCUCAGGCUUCUGUAUAAAAAAAGAACUUUAGAUGUUUUCUUUUCAACAUUCUAGCAUUCACUCUUUUAAAAGAAAAAAAUAUUUCAAAUAGUAGAUGUGUUAUUUAUUCCACUUACAAUUUUCUGGAGUUAUAUUACUAUCAAAGUGAAGCUCACUCAAACUGGUUUCUAGGUGUUAAUGCUGAUUUUAAGCAAGUUCUGAUCCAGGGGGAAGUUUAAAAAAAUAUGAAAAAUUGACAUUGAUCUGAAGCAGAAUAAUAGAAGAAUUUUUGUUAUUAUUAUGAAGAAAUUGAAAUAGGAUAAAAUAGUGUCAAGGUGGGCUGAGAGAAAUUAGGCUAUUUGAAUCUAUUCUACCAAGCUUUCUUUUAUUGAAAUUAUAAAUUUUUUUGAUUAAGUAUUGAUAUUGGUAUAAUCAACUUCUGAGAGACAUCUGUUCUGAUAUUGGUUGAAAUUCUAUUUCUAGAAUUCUGUCAUAGUCUAAUGUGAUCCACUGAAAAUUAUAGGAAAGGAAAUCACGAAGGCUGUAAUUAUAAAAUGGAGUAUAAAAAUAAAUAAAAAACUAGGGAUGCAAACGCAGUUAACAAAACAAAAGCACCAGUGCAAAUUCUACUAUUAGCAGUAUUGGAUACAUAAAGUGCAUGAAUACAGAAGUUGUAUUAGUCCUUAGCAUUGCUGCUAAUCUUACUAAAAAUUUUUCUGUAUUCACAGAUAAAAAUGCUACAAAUAAUUUGGAGACAGAAAGAAAAAAUGAGCACAAAAAAAAUCCAUGCAUUUUUAAGUUCAUUGAACAGCAUUGUUCAUAAGUACAUUUGCUUGUCAAUAUUUGUAAAUGCAAGAUCAUUCUGGUCUAGAAGCAUGAUUUUUUUAAUGUAGCAGGCAAACAUAAGGCAGAAGACAAAAACUUGAAUUCACAUAUCUGAAUUAGAAACAAAAGGUCUGUUUUUCCAUAAAAGUAACCAUGGGAUUACUUAUAAAACACAAAUUCUCAAUCACCAGCACUCUUUAAGUUCAGGUUAAUAUGUUCCUAAAAAAAAUCUGUAACCAUAAAGUCAUGGGUCCAAAUAGUGUUCUCCACCUUGACUUUCAAUCCAAAUCACAGAUUGAUUUCAAUUGGAAGGGGCAUUCAAAGAUCAUCUAUCCCAAUCACUUUC